UCUCAUUCCACCAAACACAUGUCGCCUGCUAGCUACCACUAGCUUCUUAGCAAUAUGAAAAGACUACAUCAGCUCAUAUUAAAAUGGUUAAUCUAAGUAGGAUUUGCUACCGGAAGUAUGGGAACUUGGUGGACAACCUCCGGCUCUAUGUGCGUGGAGGCAGUGGGGGCAUGGGUCUGCCUCGCCUCGGGGGACAGGGAGGCAAGGGAGGAGAUGUCUGGAUGGUGUCCAAAAAGGAGGUGACUUUGAAGCGGAUCCACGACAAGUACCCCCAUAAACGCUUUGUCGCUGGCGUCGGAGCUAACAGCAGCGUCAAAGGGUUGAAAGGAGAGAAAGGAGGGGAUUAUGAACUCCAUGUUCCUGUUGGCAUCACCGUCACUAAUGACGAUGGCAGAGUUAUGGGUGAACUGAAUGCCGAGGGUGAUCGCGUGUUGGUGGCUAAGGGUGGACAGGGAGGGUCUUUCCACUCUGCGUUCACACCCUCCAAGGGUCAGACCAAACACAUCCGCCUAGACCUCAAACUCAUCGCAGACAUUGGCCUGGUCGGGUUCCCCAACGCUGGGAAGUCCUCCCUGCUGACUGUCAUCUCCCAUGCCUCGCCCCAGAUUGCUAACUAUGCCUUUACUACAUUAAGGCCAGAGAUCGGUAAAGUGAUGUACGAUGAUCAUAAGCAGAUCUCUGUGGCAGACCUUCCUGGUCUGAUUGAAGGGGCUCACCUUAACAAAGGAAUGGGCCACAAGUUUCUCAAGCACGUGGAGAGAACCAAGCAGCUGCUGUUUGUGGUGGAUGUAUGCGGAUUCCAGCUGGCAAGCAAAACACCAUUUAGAUCAGCCUUUGAAGCUGUGCAGCUCCUGACCAAGGAGCUGGAGCUGUACAAGGAAGACCUGCUCUCCAAGCCUGCCCUGCUGGUGGUGAAUAAGAUGGACCUCCCUGAUGCAGAGCACAAACUGGAAGAGCUGCGGGAGCAGCUUGAGAACCCAGAGGAGUUCUCCCACCUGCUGCCACACGACAUGAUCCCCCGGACCAACCUGGCUUUCCAAGACGUCGUCCCUGUCUCCACCAUCACAGGCCUGGGUUUAGACCAGCUGAAGCACCGCCUGCGUGGGUCGCUGGAUGAGGAGGCGGCUAAGGCCUCGGAGCCCCUCCACAGGGAGCGUCUGGGGGCCCUUAGGCCAAGCAGGACGCCCCUGCCCGUCUGGGGGCCCUGAGGCUGUGCAGGACGCCCCCGCCCAUCUGGGGGCUCUGAGGCAGAACCCCCUUCCCGCCAGGGGGAUUUGAGGCCAGGCCCUGAGCUGGACUGUGCACAGAGGUGCUGGAUGGUUCUCUUUGGACUCCAUCAUCACUGGUGUACGUAUUAGACUGCAGCACGCUACAGCCAAGUGUAAAUACUGAUGUAAUGAACAGAUUAAUUGUUUUGACAUAUAAAAUGCAUUUCUGAACUUUUUAAUUACGUGUGUUGUUUAUUUCCUGGGCUUCCAUUAAACAUAUCUUAAUAAUUC